CUCUCUGGCGCUUCGCCUCACAGGAAAGAUGGCGCACAGCGGUCGGUGGCGCUUCCCGGCCCGGCCCGGCAGCGGCGGUUGGGGUCGCCGCGGGCUGGGGGGCUGCCGCGUGCGGGUCCCGGCCCUGCGCAGCCUACGCGGGGAGUCUGCCGAGGAGCGGGCGACGAGCGGCGGCGGCGGAGGAGCGGCGGCGGCGGCGCUGGCGGGAAGCGGAGGGGGCGGGGCGGGCGGCCCCUCCUCGGCCGCCGCCCCCUCGUCGCAGCCCGCCGCCCCACUCCCGGCCAGCACGGGGGUGGCGCCCGGCUUCGACGCGGCGCUCCAGGUCUCGGCCGCUAUCGGCAUCAACUUGCGCCGGUUCCGGGCGGCCUGCGGGGCCGAGGCCGGCAGCGGAGAGGAUGAGCAGUUUCUAGGUUUUGGUUCAGAUGAUGAGGCCAAAGGAACCAAUUCCCCCAAGUCCCUUGCAGUCUCAGUCAAAGCUAGUGCACGUAAACCUCGUGGGAGACCUCGGAACGGUUCAGACCGAAGUCCAGCUGCUCUACCAGAGUCCUUACCAAUAUAUUCACUUUUAAGCAAGCCAGAACCUACAUCCAUGGAAAAAAUAAAAAGGAAAGAAUUUAAAAGUGGAGAAAAACGUCGAGGGAGACCUCCUGCUCUAACCAGUGUGAAAUUCAAGAUCAGCCAUAAAGAGUGCAUUCCAGAUGCUCAGAAAGGAGGGAAGGAAGAAAAAGAGAAAGUAAAGAAAAUAAAGCGGGCUCCUUCAGCUACCUUUCAGCAUGCUGCAAAAAUUAAGAAAUUAAGAACAGGCAAACUCUCUCCACUGAAGUCUCAGUUCAAAUCCGGGAAACUCCAGAUUGGGAGGAAAGGGAUUCAGAUUGCCCGCAGGAGAGGGAGGCCACCAUCUUCUGAUCGCUUGAAGACUAUGCCAGCUCUCGUAUGUUCCCAGUUGGAGAAAGUCCAGAGGGCACGAAAGGAGAGAGAGGGUGUACCAUCUCUCCCCAAAGAUGAAAAGCCAACAGUCAGACAGAGCCCUCGCAGACCAGUAAGGAUGAUUCCUUCUUGCAAGAGGACAGAUGCCACAAUUGCCAAGCAGCUCUUGCAGAAGGCAAAAAAAGGAGCUCAAAAGAAAAUGGAGAAAGAAGCAGCAAAGCUUCAGGGCCGGAAGGGGAGGACUCAGCUCAAGAACAUUCGGCAGUUCAUUAUGCCUGUAGUGAGUGCCAUCUCUUCACGAAUAAUUAAGACUCCCAAGCGUUUCAUUGAAGAUGAAGAUUAUGACCCGCCAAUUAAAAUAGGACGCUUAGAGUCUACCCCAAAUAGCCGCUUCAGUGCUACCUCUUGCGAGUCCAGCGAGAAGUCCAGUGUCGCAUCUCAGCACUCCUCCCAGCUGUCUUCAGAUUCCUCACGGUCUAGCAGUCCAAGUGUUGAUACAUCCACAGAUUCACAGGCUUCUGAAGAGAUGCAGGCUCUCUCGGAAGAAUGCAUUGAUACUUCAGAAGUCCACCCGUCCCUGCCAGCAUCCACCUCCCCUGGGAACGAGGGUGCUGAGCAGAGGAGGAGGAGGAGGAGGAGGUUUUCAAUGGCAGAGAAGACUUUUGCCCCCAAAGCAGCUAAGAAGGUGCCCAGCCUCCAAAGCGUAUCUCAACAACAGUCUUCUCCUUCUUCUUCUUCACCUCCCCCCCCAUUGCUCACCCCGCCUCCCCCCCUGCAGCCAGCAGCAGGCAUCUCUGACCAUGCGCCCUGGCUCAUGCCUCCCACCAUUCCCUUGGCAUCACCCUUCUUGCCAUCUUCUUCUGCUGCUCCUGUGCAAGAGAAGCGGAAGUCAAUCCUCCGAGAACCGACCUUUCGUUGGACUUCCCUGAAGCCCUCCCGCUCGGAGCCCCAGUACUUCUCCUCUGCCAAGUAUGCCAAAGAAGGUCUUAUCCGCAAGCCGGUUUUUGAUAACUUCCGGCCGCCGCCCCUGACCCCAGAAGACGUGGGUUUUGCUGCUGCCGCGGCCAGCUUUACCCCUCCAGGGGCCACAGCUCCCACCCACUUAUUUUCUCCUCUUCAUUCUGGAACAAGAUUUGAUCUGCAUAAGAGAAGCCCCCUGUUGCGAGCCCCAAGAUUCACUCCCAGUGAGGCACACUCACGCAUCUUUGAGUCUGUCACGUUGCCCCCUUCGAUUAGUCGAAGUGCUGCGGGAAGCGCCACAGCAGCAGCUUCUUCAAGAAAACGGAAGAGGCGAGUUUUCAGCCCAAUCCGAUCUGAAUCGAGAUCUCCUUCGCACUCCAUGAGGACAAGAAGCGGAAGACUCGGCACCUCUGAGCUGCCCACACUCCCUCCAGCCUCCGUCUCUUCUUCCCUAACUAGCAUUUCUGUAGGCUCCCUUACCACUAGUGCCUUAAACGCCACCACGUUCACUUUCCCUUCACAUUCCCUGUCCCAGACUGGGGAAGCAGCAGAGAAAGGUCAGAGGCCAAGGAAACAGACAAACCUUCCUGCCCAGCCAUUCUCAUCGGGUGGCACUGCUUCCCUUUUUCCUUGGUUCGCACCAAGUCCCCACACAGAGAGGACCAGAAGCAAAGACAAAGCCACCGAGGAGCUGUCCAAAGACAAAGAAAGGGACAACAGUCCUGAGAAGGAGAAGAGCCGAGAAAGAGAUAGAGAUAGGGAGAAAGAAAACAAACGUGAAUCGAGGAAAGAGGAGGAGAAGAAGAAGAAGAAGAAGAAGGCUUCAGAAAUUCAGAGCAGCUCUGCUUUAUUCCCGCCAACUCGAGGUUCUAAAGGAAAGGUUCUUGUGAGUGAAGAUGUAGCAACCUCAUCUUUUGCCAAAAAACCUACAGGACGGAGGAAACUAACUGCCGCUGAUCCAGCAGCAGUUGUCCCUGCGGUAGUUCUUGUGGACUCAGUUAGCAUAAAGACCAAGUUACCCAAGAAAAGCCGAGGGGGCUUGGAGAAAUCAAAUCUGGACCUUGGCCUGGAAGCCUCGUCUGCAGAAAAGGAAGAACCUUUGCGUCUUCCUGCUGCCUCAGUUGGCAUUGUGAAACAUUCCUCCAUCAGCUCAGUAUUGGCUCAUGCUGAUAAGCUUCCAAUGGCUGACAAGAGGGUGGCCAGUCUCCUGAAGAAAGCUAAGGCUCAGCUCUAUAAGAUUGAGAAGAGCAAGUCCCUCAAACAGGUGGAUCAGCCCAAAGGACAGGGUCAAGAGAGCGAUUCCUCAGAGACCUCUGUACGAGGUCCACGCAUCAAGCAUGUCUGCAGGAGGGCAGCUGUCGCCCUGGGCCGCAAGCGAGCAGUCUUCCCAGAUGACAUGCCCACUCUGAGUGCCUUACCAUGGGAAGAACGGGAGAAGAUACUGUCUUCCAUGGGGAAUGAUGACAAAUCCUCUGUUGCUGGUUCAGAAGACGCUGAGCCCCUGGCACCUCCCAUCAAGCCCAUCAAGCCAGUAACCAGAAGCAAGGCCCCUCAGGAGCCUCCGGUGAAGAAAGGCCGACGGUCAAGGCGCUGUGGGCAGUGUCCAGGCUGCCAAGUCCCAGAAGAUUGUGGCGUCUGCACAAACUGUCUGGAUAAGCCGAAGUUCGGUGGGCGGAACAUAAAAAAGCAGUGCUGCAAGAUGAGGAAGUGCCAGAAUCUGCAGUGGAUGCCAUCGAAAGCCUAUCUCCAGAAGCAAGCCAAAGCUGUGAAAAAAAAGGAGAAGAAAUCCAAGUCCGGUGAAAAGAAAGACAGCCAUGUGGGGAAGAUUCAGGAGGAGUCAGGGCAAAAAGCAGCAGCUUCUCCUCUGGCUUUGGGGAAAGAGGAUCAGGCCUCCAAGAGAAGCAGCGAACCAGCCCGGAAGGCCAGUGAAGAAAAGAUAGAGGAAGGGCAGCUGCUGCCACCCAUCCUGGACCCCAAGCAGCCUCUUCCCUCUGCUACCCGGAAAGCUGGCAAACAAGCAUCGCCUGCCCUGUCCCCCAUCCAGCUGCCUAGCUUGGUCCCGCCCAAAAAGGAAGCCCCCAAAACUGUCCUGGCUGAACUCAAGAAAAAAAUAGCGCCAUCCCUGGAAGCAGCCAUUGAGCAAAACAGACAGAAGAAAAUCAUUCCACGUCCCAGCUUACCAAUGAAACAGAAAUCAAAAGAAAAGGAGAAGCCCCUCCCAGUCAGCAAGCCAGAGAAUAGCCCGCUCAAUACCCUGAGCACUUUAUCCAACAACACUCCUUCCAAGCAGAAGCCCCUGACAGAUGGGGUCCACAGGAUCCGAGUGGACUUCAAGGAGGACUGUGAAGCUGAAAGCGUUUGGGAAAUGGGUGGUUUGGGUAUCCUAACCUCCAUUCCGAUAACUCCCAGAGUAGUCUGCUUCCUGUGUGCCAGCAGCGGGAACGUGGAGUUUGUAUAUUGCCAGGUCUGCUGUGAGCCUUUCCACAAAUUCUGUUUAGAGGUUAAUGAACGCCCCCUGGAAGACCAGUUGGAAAACUGGUGCUGCCGUCGCUGCAAGUUCUGCCAUGUAUGUGGGAGACCGCAUCAGGCCUCCAAGCAAUUGUUGGAGUGCAACAAGUGCCGGAACAGCUAUCACCCAGAGUGCCUGGGACCGAACUACCCAACUAAGCCCACAAAGAAGAAGAAAGUGUGGAUCUGUACCAAGUGUGUUCGCUGUAAGAGCUGUGGGGCGACAACUCCAGGCAAAGGGUGGGAUGCACAGUGGUCCCACGACUUCUCUUUGUGUCACGAUUGUGCCAAACUCUUCGCUAAAGGGAACUUCUGCCCCCUCUGUGACAAGUGCUAUGAUGACGACGACUAUGAAAGCAAGAUGAUGCAGUGUGGGAAGUGUGACCGCUGGGUUCAUGCCAAAUGUGAAAACCUCUCUGAUGAGAUGUAUGAAAUCCUCUCCAACCUUCCAGAGAGCGUGGCUUACACCUGCAUUAAUUGCACUGAACAGCAUCCUCCUGAAUGGCGGCUGGCCCUUGAGAAAGAGCUGCAGCUUUCUUUAAAGCAAGUUUUGACAGCCCUACUGAAUUCUAGAACAACUAGCCACUUACUGCGUUAUCGACAGGCAGCCAAACCUCCUGACUUGAAUCCUGAAAUAGAAGAAAGUGUACCCUCUCAAAGUUCUCCCAAAGGCCCAGACCCUCCCAUACUUACAGAGGUUGGCAAGCAGGAAGAACAGCCACCACUUGAUCUAGAAGGCGUGAAAAGGAAGAUGGACCAUGGAGGCUAUCCUUCUGUGUUGGAGUUCAGCGAUGAUCUUGUUAAGAUAAUCCAAGCAGCUAUCAAUGCGGAUGGAGGGCAGCCAGAACUCAAGAAGGCCAACAGUGUGAUGAAGUCCUUCUUCAUGAGGCAAAUGGAACGAGUUUUUCCGUGGUUCAAUGUAAAGAAAUCAAGAUUUUGGGAACCAAACAAAGUCACGGCAAACAGUGGAAUGCUGCCUAAUGCUGUCCUGCCCCCCUCCCUUGACCAUAACUAUGCACAGUGGCAGGAACGUGAAGAAAACCGUUGUGCUCAGCAGCAACCCUCUCUGAUGAAGAAAAUAAUUCCAGCUCCAAAAUUCAAAGGGCCGGGAGAGCCAAACUCGCCUACGCCACUGCAUCUUCCUGCCUCACCCUUAUCCAGUUCCGACAGAAGCCAAGACGACAGCCCAGAACUUUCCCCUCCUCCGGAUGUCGAAGACAACCGGCAGUGCUGUCUUUGCCUGAAGUACGGUGAUGAUGGAGGCAAUGAUGCUGGCCGUCUCCUUUAUAUUGGUCAGAAUGAGUGGACCCACGUGAACUGUGCCCUGUGGUCAGCUGAAGUGUUUGAGGAGGAGGAUGGCUCUCUGAAGAACGUGCACGUGGCCGUGAUUCGUGGGAAGCAGCUGUUUGACAAUCAGAGUAACAUGCCAAUCUUGCAGCGAUGUGAGUUCUGCCAGAAGUCGGGUGCCACAGUCGGCUGCUGCCUGGCCACUUGCACCAGUAACUACCAUUUUAUGUGUUCUCGGGCCAAAAAUUGUGUCUUCUUGGAGGAUAAGAAGGUGUACUGUUCACGACACAAGGAUCUGAUCAAAGGGGAGAUAGUGCCAGAAAAUGGCUUUGAGGUCCUGAGAAGAGUCUUUGUGGAUUUUGAAGGAAUCAGCUUGAGGCGGAAGUUUCUGAAUGGUUUGGAACCAGAGAACAUCCAUGUGAUGAUUGGGUCAAUGAGCAUUGACUGUCUUGGCAUCCUGAAUGACCUCUCUGAUUGCGAAGACAGGCUCUUUCCAGUUGGAUACCAGUGCUCCCGAGUUUACUGGAGCACAACUGAUGCUCGAAAACGUUGUGUUUACACGUGCAAGAUCAUGGAAUGCCGUCCUCCCCUCCUAGACUCCGACAUCAACAGCACCAUGGAACAUGACGACAACCGGACCAUUGUUCACAACCCAGUGUCACUUUCAGCAGAAAUUCCACCCAGAGAUGGCCAUGCAGCAUCAGCUGACCUGAACCCUCCCUCUGCAGAUCUUUCUCCACAUCCUCAGAACUUAAAGGCUCUGCGGAUCAGAACUCUGAGUUUUGCUCCUUCCCAGCGAACUCCUGGUUCAAGGCCGUUGCCUUCUGCAGGAAGCCCCACCCCUGUGACACAUGAAAUCGUAACCGUGGGAGAUCCUCUGUUGUCCUCUGGAUUUCGGAGCAUUGGUUCCCGGAGGCCCAGCGCAUCUCUGUUUCCACAGCCACUGAGGUCUUGGAUGCUGCCUCCCACCGGAGUCGGGACCACAAAUGCUCAGCGCAACACCGUCUCUUCAGGACCCAGCAGUAGUCCUGUCCAAGAACAUACCGUGAGCAUCAAGCAUACCGAACGUUCUGUGGGACCGGCAGCCUUGCACGUCACUCUCCAGGACACAUUUACCCCUCCCAGUCUGGCCAUCGCAAGCAGAGGCAAAGGAGCUCCUCCUCGGGAGGGAACCCUCUCCUUUGAAACUGUGCCUUCUGGAGGACCGUUUUCUGCCAAGUCAGAGAAGGAGAAGCUGCUGAGCCUCCAAGAUCCAAGUGCUUCCUGUGGGAAUUCAAAAGCAGGCUGCCAUAGACAAAGCAUCUCUGUCCCAGAAGGAAACCUGAGCAAGGUAGAGAAGUUCCCAGACUCCUCUUCUGGACUGUUUUCUCCCGAAGAAUCUGUAGUUUCUGCACUGUUGCACCAGAAACCCCCAAAGAAGGAACAAGACCGGCAUCUAACACAGGCAGACAAAAAUUGCUUUUAUGAAGCCCCAGAAGCAAAGGCCUCACCAUUUUCAGGAAUAAGUAAUCAAUCGCCUUGCAUAAACGAUCCAGUAUCUUCUGUGGAUAGAGAGAGUAGACAAAAAAUGAAGAAGGGGAUAAAAGAUAGGCAUUCUAGCAAGCUUUUUAGAAGUUUAAGUGUCCUCCCAAUUAGCCACAAAGAAUGUGCAGAGACAGAAUUUGUUCAUCGGGCAAUGACAUCUGAGCAUAUUAAUCAGCAAUACAACAGCAUUGCUGUUGAGAAACUCAUUGACAAUAAUCUGCUUGGCCAGGAGACAUCCAAAGAUUCUUUCCAGAGUGAAAUGGCCACCUCCAGGGAUUUGCAGAAUUCACAAAAGCGCACAGUGAAAGUAACCCUGACUCCACUCAAGAUGGAAGGUGAGAGUCAGUCCAAAAAUAUUCAGAGAGAGCACGAUGCAGAAUCUCAGCCUAAGGUUUGCACACCAGCUUCUGUGUCCCAGUCUGUUUCCAUCCCAGAGCACUCAGGAAAUGACUGUAGUGUCCCAGAAACUCAAAAUUCUGCUUCCUCCUCAAUGGCCCCAACCGAUCCCCCUUAUCCAAAUCUGCCUGUUCAAGAUAGCGGCUUGAUGAUCCAGGAUGGAGCAAAAGAACAGGAAGAAGGCUCCUACAAGCGGCGAUACCCUCGGCGUAGUGCACGUGCCAGAUCCAACAUGUUUUUUGGUCUGACCCCUUUGUAUGGUGUGAGGUCAUACGGUGAGGAAGACCUUCCCUUCUACAGCAACUCCACCGGCAAGAAGAGAGGCAGGCGGUCUGCUGAAGGCCAAGUGGAUGGUGCCGAUGAUCUCAGCACCUCAGAUGAAGAAGACCUCUAUUACUACAACUUCACCCGAACCGUUGUUUCAAGCUCAAAUGAGCACAUGGCUUCUCAUGGUUUAUUCCGUGAAGAGGAACAGAUUAGUCUCCCCAAAAUCUCUCAGCUGGAUGGUGUGGAUGACGGAACAGAAAGUGAUGCAAGCAUCACAGUAACAACAAGGAAAAUCAAUUCAGGAAACAAAAGGAACGGCAAAGAAAAUGGAACAGAAAGCUUAAAACUUGAACGAAGUGAAGAUAGUGGGGAGAAAAUGCAAGUGACCAAGAGUUCAGUUGGUCAUAAAACAGCUGAUCCCAAAAUGGAGAAUUGCCGGGUCAAAACUCAAGAUUCUUUGGAAGCUCAGCUGAGCUCCCUAGAAGCUGUUGGUCGUCGUCCUCGUGUCAACCCAGAGCCCUCUGAGAAGAACCUGCUGGAUACAUUCAGCACCGAACUGCUGAAGUCCGACUCCGACAAUAACAACAGCGAUGAUUGUGGGAACAUUCUUCCUUCAGACAUCAUGGACUUUGUCCUGAAAAACACUCCCUCGAUGCAGGCUCUGGGGGAGAGCCCGGAGUCGUCAUCCUCGGAGCUCCUGACUCUGGGAGAAGGUCUGGGCCUCGACAGCAAUCGGGCCAAAGAUAUGGGUCUCUUUGAAGUGUUUUCUCAGCAGCUGCCAACAGCCGAGCCAGUAGAUAGCAGCGUCUCAUCAUCAAUUUCAGCAGAGGAACAGUUUGAGCUGCCCUUAGAGCUGCCUUCUGAUCUCUCGGUCUUGACUACCCGGAGCCCUGCAGUCCCCAGUCAGAACCAUAGCAGACUUGCAGUCAUUCCAGAACCUUCUCUUGCCACCUCAGGGGAGAGAUCAAUGUUAACUAUCCCUUCCUCAAAUUCUGCUGAGAAGAGGGUAACGGUCACUGAAAAGGCUUCUUCUGGUGAAGCAGAGCCAACAUUGCUAAGCCCACGAGUGGCUCCAAGCCCUGAUGGCCCUCUGACUCCUGACCCUUUCAUUCAAAGUCAUCUGGAAGCAGAGCACAUGGCCAGCCCGCCCUGUGGACCAAGGGAUGCUGGUCUUGGGGCGGGCCAAGAACUGUCUGGCAGGAGCAGUGGGACCCCUGGCCUCCCUGUUUCUCCCUCUCUUCCUCUCCAGAAUCCCAAAUAUGGGCCAAGUGCCCCCGACAAGCCUGGCCCAUCUCCCAUCUCGAACGCUGCUGUGCAGACAGCCCCUCUCCACCUGAAGGCUGCUGCAGAAAAGCUCUUGGUGGUCAACCAGAAUAUGCAGCCCCUGUAUGUUCUUCAGACACUGCCCAAUGGCAUCACCCAAAAGAUUCAGCUGACUUCUCCUGUCAGCUCUGGACCAGCUGGGAUGGAGGCUGGAGCUUCUGUGCUUGGCCCAAUGGACACAGCCAGCCUUGCGCUGGCCGCAGGCCUGAGCCCCGGCUUGCCCUCUGCCAGGCCUCUCUUUCCUGCAGCCAGCAAAGGCUUGCUGAACAUGCCCCAUCAGCAGCAGCACUUACAUUCCUUUUCGGCCAGCUCCUCCGGCAGUGGCGGCAGCAGCUUCCCGGCAACCCUUGGCAGCUCUGCCUCGGGCCUUCUGAUUGGGGUCCAGCAGCCACCUGACCCCGAGGUGAGUCCGAGGGCAGAUAUUGGGCCUGCACUCACCCCCCCUCCCACUGGCCUCGGCAAGAAGCGGUCCGUUGCACGCCUGCACUCCCGGAGGGCCAAGAAGCUAACUCCUUCUGCCGCUGCUCCUUCUGACCUGGCCUCCAUGAACUUUCAUCGCUCCUCCCCACCUGGCCUGCUUGAUCUGGGAGCUACGUGCCCGCGAACUGCGCCCAGGAUGAUCAAGCGCUCCAAGCCAGGGCUCAUGUACUUUGAGCAGGCACCUCUAUUGCCCCAAGAAGGGGGGAUAGCUGUAGCAGAGGCAGCCCUUGGAGCGUCUCCCAGCAUAACUGGGCCAAAAUCUGGCCACCUCGCCUCCCCUCCAUCUGAGCUGAAUGUGGCCCCCCUGCCGUCCCCGGGCCCAACGAUCCCACCCCAUCUAUUGGGACAAGGGGGCUCUGAUGUGCCAGGCAUUUCGGAUAUGAGCUCCCUCAGCAGCCUAUUAAUCAAAGCCACUCGACAGGAGCUGAGCCUCACGGAGCAGCCUGCUUCCGUGCCGCCAGUGGCUUCCAGUAUGUUCCCGUCGCAUAAGGAGGUCUCGUUGGCCCAGUCUGCUUCUGCGGGGUUGGCAACAACUGCUUUAGCAACCGGCAUCUCUGUCUUGCCUUCCUUGAAGACCGUGGGCAUGUCUGCUGAUCCUGGAAGCUCCUACCAGGCUGAGCCUCUCACACAGCUUUUGGCGUGCAAAGCUGGGCCAGCCCCACCUCACCUGGACCUCCCUCCUUCACAGGCAACUCCUCUUUCAGACUUUCCCCAGCUGAUGGAUACGGUAGCCGUGGGGCGAAGCAGACCGGCCCCCUGUGUCCCCGCAGCCUCUCCUGGGAGCUCCCCUUCCACUGUGCUGGGCUCCACCAGGGCCAAAGUCAAGCGCUUGCCGACCCCUUUGGGCAGCAAAGGAUCCGGGAAGAAACCCAGGGUGCCUCCAUUCUGGAACAGUUUCCCUGGCCAGUGCGCUCCACCACAAGGCAGGAGGAUGGCAGCCCAGGACCCAGGCAGAGGGUCCCAGCCCUUGAGGGUGCAACCAGAGGAGGCAACAGACAUACUGCAGCCAGCCCACAAAUCAGCAGGGCAUUUACAGCCUCACCCACAACUGCAGCCAACGCCGUCCACUUCAAACGAGUUAGAACAUGCAGAUUCCAGUGCUGAGGAAGAAAGCAGCUUUAGCUCCCCCCUCAUGUUCUGGCUGCAACAGGAGCGAACACGGAAAGAAAACCUUCCAGAGAAGAGGCCCAAGAAAGGACUGAUUUUUGAAAUCUCCAGUGAUGAUGGCUUCCAGAUCUGUGCAGAAAGUAUUGAAGAAGCCUGGAAAUCCUUGACAGACAAAGUUCAAGAAGCUCGGUCAAAUGCCCGCCUGAAACAGCUUUCCUUCGCAGGUGUGAGUGGGCUGCAAAUGCUGGGCAUUCUCCACCAUGCUGUCGUGUUCCUGAUAGAGCAACUCUGUGGAGCCAAGCAUUGCUCCAACUACAAGUUCAGGUUCCACAAACCAGAGGAGGCCAAGGAGCCUCCCGUGAACCCCCACGGCUCUGCCAGGGCUGAAGGGCACCUCAGGAAGUCUGGUCUUGACAUGUUCAACUUUCUGGCUUCUAAACAUCGCCAGCCCCCACAGUACAAUCCCAACGAGGAGGAGGAAGAGGAAGUGCAGCUGAAAUCUGCCCGGAGGGCAACCAGCAUGGAUCUUCCGAUGCCCAUGCGCUUCCGACACUUGAGGAAGACCUCCAAGGAGGCAGUUGGGGUUUACAGGUCUCCUAUCCAUGGACGGGGUCUGUUCUGCAAAAGGAACAUAGAUGCAGGGGAGAUGGUGAUUGAAUAUGCUGGCAAUGUGAUUCGCUCCAUAUUAACUGACAAACGUGAGAAAUAUUAUGACAGUAAGGGCAUCGGCUGUUAUAUGUUCCGUAUUGACGACUCGGAAGUUGUGGACGCCACCAUGCAUGGGAACGCAGCGCGCUUUAUCAACCACUCCUGUGAGCCCAACUGCUACUCCCGAGUCAUUCACAUCGACGGGCAGAAGCACAUUGUCAUCUUUGCCAUGCGCAAGAUCUACCGUGGUGAAGAGCUCACUUACGACUACAAGUUUCCCAUUGAAGAUGCCAGCAACAAGCUGCUCUGCAAUUGCGGUGCCAAGAAAUGCCGGCGGUUCCUCAACUGAGCAGCUGAGCUGACCACAGCCAAGGCCGGAGGAGAGCCGGGUGCUGGGGCCCUCCACAGCCACAGAUGCGCUGGCUUGCUCUGGCGGGGCAGGGCCUGCUCAGAGCGAGACGCACUUUGGUGUGCUGUAGGAUUAGGAAAAUGGGAAUGUGGGCUGCAGCAACCAAGGCUGUGUCAAGCCAGCACGGGCACCUGGUUGCCUCCUCAAGUGUGGACUGUGAGACCUACCCUUGUGUUCCAGCUUGGGCUGGCAACUGAGUGGUGGUUCUCCAAGAUGCCUGUGGCCACUAGGGAGGAAUCCCAAGGUAGCAGUUUGGGCAGUUCUAGUUCUUUGGAUGAGCUUUCAGGUGGACAGGCAGGCCCUUAGAGGGGGAAUUUCUGUCUCAGAGAACCAUCUCUCGUGCUGAACGCUUACAACUGAUCCCGGCCCUGUGUCACAAAUGUAGUGGUCCCCGGAGUGGAAUUGGAGCACCCCAAGUGCAGCUUGUUUCCUGAGAAGGAAGAGUGCUGGUCAACCUGCCAGGAGCUGCAUUUGCAAAGGAGAUGAGGAAUUCUGGACUUCAUGAAAUCCAUUCCCUUUUCAUGCCUCUAGAAACGGCCCUCAGCCUCCUUCAGUUGCACCAUCUCGAAUUAAGUCUUUGGAUUUUCCUUGGUUCUGUUUACAUUUUAGUAUUUAAAAGUUUUAUAAAUGUAAAUAUAUUUUGUAUAUUUUUCUAUGAGCAGCACUUCAUAGGAAAGAGCACUUAGGAGACUAUUUUUUCAGUCAUGGUUGCAUCUUGACUUAAAAAAGAAUGCAUUUUAAGGGUGAAUGUUUUAUUUUAAUAGGAUGAUCUUUCCAAGGUUGGGUCAGGCACAUCCUGAUUCUCCCCUCGGGAGGGAAAGGAGAUUCUGGGUGCUGCUUUGGCUGCCCCUUAAGUUUGAAGGGAGGAAGAGUUCUCCCAUUUUCAGGAGAGGAUAGAACCAUUUGGGGUUUGGUGGGCCUUUCAUUCUCCAGCAGUCAAAUCCUUGACUCUGCCUGGAUGUCAGCCAAACCGGUGGGAUUCUCUCUAACCUCCCCUUCCUCUCCUGCCUCAGUUCAGGGCAGAGGAGUAAACAUCCAGUUUCUCACCAGGCUUUGCCCUGGUCCAUCUUACUCUGGAGAGAAGCCAGAUAAGCUAUGCAUAUCUCCUAAAAGGUAGCAGAAUCAUGGCCUGCUCUGGCUAAGCCAAUUGGAGCAAAGCCCUGGCUUCUGCUACCAGGAACCCACCCACCACUCUCCUGGAAGGAGAAGUUGGUGUGCCUAACCGUCACCUUUGCUGUCCCAAGCCGGCAAGACCUUCCUACCCAUGAGGCAGUUUGGGAGAAAGAGGCACGAGCCAGGUGGGGUUAAAAGGAGGAGGCAGUUGCUGCCUAAAGCUGCUCUUUCCGUCUUGGCUGCUGGGCUGCACCGUGGCUGCUAGAAGAGGCCUCCCUUUUCAUUGAAGGAUGCUCUGAGCAGGCUCUGAAUUUCGGCUCAGGCAAGGUGGCAUCUCCUGCUGUUACUAAUCUGACUGUCCUGAGCAGCAGCAGAGCUGCUUUGGGCUGCUCUGAACCCCAGAAUGCUGCUGCUGCUGCUGCUGCACCUGAGGGAGAGGCUGGGGAGAGGUCACCUCUCCGGAGCAGCAGAGAGAAGGGAGCAAAAGGAAGCUGGGCUGGGCAGCUUCCUAGAAAUAUGAAUGUAUCUUUCUAAGAACUGACAGAUCGUGAAAUGGAAGAAUACUAAGUCAGUCUACCCUUUAAAGGUUUUUUUUUUUAAAGGAAAAGCGGGUCACUGCAAAGGGCUGGGCAAGAAUCUUCUUUGUUGUGAAGCAAUACCGGGUUUUCAGUCAAAUUCAUCUUGUGUGCAGAAUCAUGUCAUUUGGCCAGGUUGGCUGGCUCAUCCCCCGCUCUCCCCCCCCACCCCAUGCCUGCAACUUUUUAUGACUAUAAAUAAGGUAUCUAUAGAACUAAUACCAUGCUGCAUUGUGUCUUGAAGCCUGGCUUUGAACUAUCUUUAACCCUUUAGAUAAUGGUUGUGUUCCAGUUGCUGAAAAGGCAGGAAAAACAACAUGCCAAGGGCUCCAUGGGCAGUGGAUGCUUCCUCCACUGGACCUGGGUCCCAUUGCAGACUGGGGGGGGGGGCGGGUUUAGGCUGAGCUGGCCUGUAAGCGGAUCUCCCAGAAGUAAGGCUGGAGACUUGGCUGUGGAUGCUCCUGACCUUCUGUGUUCAAUAGUCAACCCUUGUACAACUUGCUUCUCUCCUCCACCUCUUUUUGGAUUCCAGUUGGUGGAGCUCCUCAACAGCGUUGUGCGCUUUCUGGUCUCUUUUAACAAGGUCUUGCAGCUUUGCCUUCUCGCCAAGAUCUGUGCCCGUGGUGUUUCUUAGAUUCAGCGUCCGCAAUAGCUACAGGUAGUGAAUAAAUGUCUCAAGCCACUUUGCAAAAGCUACAUAAACAGGGCUCUGAUCCAUACAAAAAGCAACUUAUCAUGUAAAACCAAUUUAUCUUUUUUUCUUGUGUUCUUCCAAAAUUAGUUGUUGUUUUUUUUCUUUAAAAGGAGGAAAUGUGUUGCUUGUGCUGCAUCAGUGUUAAUCCUGUCAUUGUUACAGGGAUGAAGGAAAUACUUUCAAUAGUUUUAAGAAAUGACUGAAAGACUGAAUGUAAAAAUAAGUGUAUAUAGUUGUACAAAAAAAGGAGUUUUUAAACAUGUUUAUUUUCUAUGCACUUUUUUAUUUAAGUGAUAGUUUAAUUAAUAAACAUGUCAAGUUUAUUGCUUCAAA